UCUGCAGCAGCCGACGCCCAAACAAUAAUUAUUUUCAGAAAUAUAAGGCGUGUCCAGGGCGUGUCGCGCUACCUAAAAUAAUAGUACUGUACCGCUGAUUUUACUAUUGCACACCACGACCUGGAGUCAUUCGGACGUCCGCAACCAGUUAAUAUCGCUAGGUUAUUACAGAUCAUUGUUUUUAUUUGUGUUUUUAACUAAAAUUUUACAAAUUUAACCAUCGCAUUUGUUAAAUGGAGUGAUUUUAUUAAGUUCCCAUCGGUUUUGGGCAAGGCAUCAGUUAACAAUGGUCUCUACACGGGGGCUACGAUAUAAAUUCACUGAGGGGGAACGAGUCCUGUGCUACGAGCCAGACCCUACUAAAGCCAAGGUGCUUUAUGAUUCCAAGGUUCUUGAAGUCGUAGAGAGCAAAGACAAACGAGGGCGUAGAACUGUUGAGUAUCUAAUCCAUUUCCAAGGAUGGAACUCUUCGUGGGAUCGCUGCGUCAGUGAAGACUUCGUUCUCAAAGAUACAGAGGAAAAUCGACAGCUGCAACGUGAUUUAGCUGAAAAAUCACAGCUUCAGUUAGGGGCUUACUUGUACCGUCGGGAACGAAAGAAGGGUGGUAGUACAAGCGCCGCCGGGGCGGGGCCCGCCAAGCGCACCCGUCAUGGCUUUAGCGACGACGGCUCUUCGACAAGUACCCAGCCAGACGAAGUCGAAACGGCCGACACGGAUUCAUCAUCUGCUUCCGCUGCCAACUCUCAGCCUCGUUCUCCGCCGCCUAACAAUAACCCUCCAGUCGGGAGAGCUCACAUCACGUUACCAUUCCCUAUCAGGGAUCGGCUCACGUUCGAUUUCCACAUAGUGGUGAAACGCGGUCGGCUGUCUAGACUGCCGGCCAGCCCCUGUGUUGUCGAGAUCCUAGAGUCGUUCGUGAAAUGGUAUGCGCGCGCCGGGGCCUGGCACCAGCCGAGGGCGCGGCACGACCCGCCACAAAGGCCAGACUUACAGGACGUCUCCUGCAGGUUAAACCUUGUACGUGAAGUCGCGGACGGGAUCCGUGUGUACUUCGACUUCAUUCUCCGCGGCCAUCUCCUCUACAAGCAAGAACUGCAUCAGUACCAUGAGAUCUGCGGGAAAUUCAUAGACGAGCAAGAAGGUGAGAAACUGAAAUAUGUGUUUGAAGAAGAAGAAUGUCACUCCCAGGACGAGUCCACCGUCGUUUCGGUCGAAGAAGAUCUCAAGAGCCCAAAAAUACCAGAGUAUUCUCACUUGCCACCGGAUCCAACCGACUGUGAAAACAAUGAAGAAAACUGGAUUUUCAAUUUUGAAGAGGAAGAGAUCGAAGAAGGUUCUGUAACUAUGGAAGAGAACAAUCAGGAGGACGAAGAAGUGAUGACCGGUGAAAGCGUCGAGAAAGAAGCUUCUAAGACUGAUUCGGCCGCCGAGGAGACCGUCGCUGAUGACGUCAGCGAGGACGGCGCCCCCGCCCCCGCCUCCGCCCCCGCCGGCGCCGCGCGUCGCAUCGGAGCCAGGAGGCUUCGUUCUCACAAGUCCGUUGUUUCGCAAUCUGAAAACGAGGAGCCGGCACCUUCGACCUCGACUGGCGAACCGAGGACAUUCGAAACACUUUCGUCCAGGUUAGUUUUACAAAAAUUUUUCAGCGUGGGAAGUAGCGGCUCGUCCAUGAGCGAAGGUUGGACCCAUCCACCGAAAACAGCUCCCGUAUCCACCAGCACUCGCACUCCGCUCUCGCUGCUCUUGGAAAAGGUCGCUAAAUGGCAAAUGAUUCCUCGCGACGGCACCGAACACUUGCCGUGCCGCGUCUAUGGCGCUAUUCAUCUUGCGCGCCUCUUUGUGCGAUUACCGGACUUUUUAAACGCUUCUCAAAUGCCGGACUGCAAGCUGCGGCUCAUUGUCAGGCACAUUGACAUGUUUGUUCAGUAUCUGAACGAACACAGCGAGUGGUUCGGCGAAUCUUACUACGUGGCAGACAGCAUUUCGCGAUCUCAUUAAUAACUUAAACAAUUUCAAUAUUACUUAUCAAGUCUUUUGGCCUCAUCUCAUAAUAAUAAUAAUCAAUAAUCGUAUUUUAGUUUCACUACAUAACUACUAGUAGUUUUCGGAGUAAUCAUUGCAUUAGUUGAACGAUUCUCUGAGUAUAUUAUUAUUGUAUUAGUAGCUUCUUAUAACUCAUAUUUGGAGCCGGCGUAAUUGUAACAUCUGUCACCGUCCAGGUAAAAGAAAAAAUAUUAUCAAUUUUUUCUUAGGGAAUAAGUCGAAACUGAAACAAGUGACUUCUUAAAACGCCUUUCGUAGUGUUUGUUGAGUAGUCAUAAAGACAUAAUCAACUAGGUUUAUGUACUUGUAGUGUUGCAUUGAAACGAAUGCUUCUAAUGUAAUCUUUGUAUUGAUGAAAAGAAAAAAAAGGAUCGUGUGCUUUUAUGAAACCACGGUAAAAGUGAAACUUUUCUUCACAUUAUAGACAUUUAACUCUGACAAACAACA